GUUUAGUGACACCAGCAGCGCUGUGUUGUGAGUCUGCUGGUAGAAAAGCGAAAGACCACAUUACUGAACACUACACUUCAUUAUUUAAACCAAGCCAUCGUUCUUUAACGUAGGGCGGCACUUUGCGGAAUAUAAUGUCAGACACGGAGACCAAGCCUUCAAGUGACGGAGGUGAGAAGAAGGAUGGAGAAUAUAUUAAGCUGAAAGUGAUCGGUCAGGACAACAGUGAAAUUCACUUCAAAGUGAAGAUGACGACACAUUUAAAGAAGCUGAAAGAAUCCUACAGCCAGAGACAGGGUGUACCCAUGAACUCCCUACGGUUUCUGUUCGAGGGACAGAGAAUUGCAGACAACCAGACCCCAAAAGAGCUGGGAAUGGAAGAUGAAGACGUGAUCGAGGUGUAUCAGGAACAGACUGGUGGUUGUUGGAAUGACUAGACCUUUAUUUUCAAGCUCUUUAUUUUUAUCUUCAUUUUGUAUGUAUGAAAUUUCUUCUGUUUCCUUUUGCCUUCACCGCAAAGGGAAAUAGAAAAACCAUCUGGAUCAAAUAGAUAUUCUUUUCGGGCUGUUGUGUAUGAAGGAAUUAGGGAAGAAUUAAAAAGGAAGGGGGUUGGUGCAAAUCGAAAUAGAAAAUGUUCCUCUUGCCACACCCCUCUUGAAUCAUCCUCUGUCACGUCCUCACGCACCUAUUUGAAAGGAUUCCGGAAUGACACGUGAUAAAUCGUCUCCUGAGCUGAGUGAAUAGCUUCUCACUUUAAGGGGUUGUUCAUCAAAAGUAACAAUUCUGUUGUCAUUUACUCACUCUCUGAAUAUUAGCCUCCAUUAGUCACCACUCACUUUCACUCUAUGGAAAAAAAGAUGCAAUGAAAGUGAAUGGUGACUGAGAUUAGCAUACUGGCUAGCUAGCAUCUCCUUUUGUGUUCCAUGUAAAAGUCAUACAGGUUUGGAACAACAUACGGGUGAGUAAAUGAUGACAGGGUGAACUAUUCUUUUAAAAUACAAUCACAUCAGAGUGUUAAAAAUCUGUAGACUUUGCUGUUAAAUUCAAUCAACAAAUCAAGACAGAUGUUUGAUGGCAGCUUUGACAUUCUUGCAUUCACUCAAAUUAUUCUAAUUUUUAUUUUUUUAAGAUUUACUCUCCGGUCUAUAACAAAGUUCCAUCAAAUUGAAUAGAGUAAUCCUUAUCAAAAUAAAAUAACAAAAUUUUGGAGUUUUAUCAAUUUUAUUGUUAAAAAGUAGACCGUUUGAGUGUUGUUUCACUGAGGCGUUGUUCUCUUCUAUGUUGUUGGACAUGUUUUAAGUCUUUUGUCAGGGUUAUUAGAAUUCAUUUAAUGCCUUAUUCAUUCAAUUGCUCUUGAAUUGUGUGGAAACAACAUCUCCGAAAGUCUCAAAUUGGUUCAUUUUAAGCAACAGUGAACACAUUGUGACAUAAUGCCAUAGGAAACAUGUUGAGUAUUUUAGAUUCUGAGAUGUUUAGCGGUGGGUUAUUUAGGAUCAAUUGUUGUUUGAUUUUAAAGUGUAAUAUGUGUCUGCAACAACUAUGUACAGUUUAGUUGUGCACUAUGAAUAGGAAGUCACUGUAUUGUGUUGUAACCGACCAGUGGGGAAUUUCUUUUUUUUUUUUU